AUGCAAUUACUCCGGGAAAGGUGGCUUUCUCUACUUUCUGAGGCUAAGCAUGUGGCAGGUAAUUUGGAAAUACCAACAGUACUGAAAACACAGAGAAGCCGGCAAAGGCAGAAGAAACAACACACUGAAUUGGGCAGUGAAGACCAAGAAUCUGAAGAAGACUUUAAGGUAAAUGUUUUCUUUGUGGCACUAGAAUCUGUCAUUAGUGAACUAAACCAACGGUUUAAUUCUAUGGAAAAUGUGUGCAGUUUAUUUGCUCCCAUUUUAAAACUUAGAGCAAUAUCGGAUGAAGAACUUGUGACAUCCACUGAAAAUCUUAUAUCCAAAUACCCUGAAGAUCUUACAGUUUCACUGUUAAGUGAAAUUCAGCACCUUCACAAAGUUUUUGAUGACACAUUUGCAAGCAGCUUGGGUCCACUAGAUUUGCUGAAAUCUAUAUAUAAGCUACAGCUUGAAGGAAUAUUUGGAGAGGUUUGA